UGGAUAUGAUGGGUUGGCGCCUGGAGAUGGCAGAUCACGUGGACAUCCCCACCUCAUUCAACCCGGGCAGCAACAGCGUGGUUGCAGACAUCCAGGAGCUGCCCGCGACAGUUCUCACUGCAUCCUGGGUCGCACCUCCUUCCUACCUGGGGGAUAAGGUUUCUUCAUAUGGUGGCUACCUCACUUACCAAGUCAAGUCCUUUGGCUUACCCAGUGACAUGGUUCUUCUGGGAAAGAGGCCAGAUGUGCAGCUCACUGGUCAGCAGAUGUCAGUGAUCUACGAGGAGCCGAACAACCCCAGGCCAGACCGGCUGUAUUAUGGGCGAGUCCAGGUGGUGGAGGGGAACUUCAGACAUGCAGGCAGCAGUGCACCAGUGUCUCGAGAAGAGCUGAUGACGGUGCUGUCUAGACUGGAAGGCGUGCGCAUCCGAGGCCUCUAUUUCACUGAGACGCAGCGGCUCACCCUGGGCGAGGUGGGGCUGGAGCAGGCCUCCAACUCAGGGAGUGGAAGUGUAGCACAUCAUGUAGAGAUGUGUUCCUGCCCCCCUGAGUAUACUGGUGACUCAUGCCAGGGUUGCAGCCCUGGAUACUAUCGGGAUAACAAAGGCUUGUAUACUGGACGGUGUGUUCCCUGCAAUUGCAACGGGCAUUCGAAUCGAUGCCAGGAUGGCUCAGGAAUAUGUAUUAACUGUCAGCACAACACUGCUGGGGACCACUGUGAGCGCUGUAAAGAGGGCCACUACGGGAGCGCCCUCCACGGAUCCUGCAGGGCCUGUCCCUGUCCUCAUACGAACAGCUUCGCCACCGGCUGUGUUGUGAAUGGGGGAAACGUGAGGUGCUCCUGCAAGCCGGGAUACACAGGAACACAGUGUGAAAGGUGUGCACCAGGAUAUUUCGGGAAUCCCCAGAAAUUUGGAGGUAGCUGCCAGCCAUGCAGCUGUAACAACAAUGGCCAACUGGGCAGUUGUGACCCCCUGACUGGAGACUGCAUAAACCAAGAACCCAAAGAUGGCGGCCCUGGAGAAGAAUGUGAUGAUUGUGACAGCUGUGUGAUGACACUCCUGAACGACCUGGCCACAAUGAGUGAUGAGCUCCGUCUGGUCAAGUCUCAGCUACAGGGCAUGAGUGCCAGUGCAGGGGCACUGGAGCAAAUGAGGCAGUUGGAGACCCAGACCAAGGACCUGAGGAAUCAGUUGCUCAACUACCGUUCUGUCAUUUCAAAUCAUGGAUCAAAAAUGAAUGGCCUGGAAAAAGAACUGAGUAAUUUGAAUCAUGAAUUUGACACUCUGCAAGAAAAGGUUCAAAUGAAUUCCAGAAAAGCACAAACAUUAUAUAACAACGUUGAUCGGACACUCCAAAGUGCAAAAGAGUUAGACACAAAGAUUAAAACCAUCAUCAGGAAUGUACACAUUUUCUUGAAGCAGAUAUCUGGGACAGGUGAAGAAGGAAACAACCUGCCUUCAGGAGAUUUUUCCAGGGAGUUGGCAGAAGCAGAACGCAUGAUGAGGGAAAUGCGGAACCGCAACUUUGGAAAGCAUCUGAGAGAAGCCGAAACAGAAAAAAAGGAGGCCCAACUCCUGCUGACUCGGAUAAGAAGCUUGCUAGAAAACCACCAGGUGGAGAACAGUGGACUUGUUAGGAGUAUACGGGACUCUAUAGAUGAAUAUGAAGCCAAACUCAAUGACCUUCGAGGGGCAAUACAGGAGGCAACUGCCCAAGCAAAGCAGGCCACUGGCCUCAACCAAGACAAUGAGAGAGCUUUGGAAGCCAUCAAGAGACAAGUUAAAGAAAUAAAGUCCCUGCAGGGCGAUUUCACCAAGUAUCUCAGCACUGCAGGUGCUUCCUUGCUGCAAACCAACGUUGUGCUGAAGCUGAUGGAGAAAAGCCAGGAGGACUAUGAAAAAUUAGCUGCCACCUUAAAUGGAGCAAGACAAGAACUAAGUGACAAAGUGACAGAACUUUCCAGAUCUACCAGCAAAGAAUCCCUGGUAGUGGAGGCAGAGAAGCACGCUCAGUCUUUACAGGAGCUGGCGAAGCAGCUGGAAGAGAUCAAGAGAAACGCCAGUGGGGAUGGGCUAGUGCGCAGGGCGGUCGAUGCUGCUACCGCCUAUGAGAACAUCAUCAACGCCAUCAAAGCAGCUGAAGACGCAGCCAGCAAGGCCAGGAGUGCAUCAGAGUCUGCUCUCCAGACAGUGGUAAAGGAAGAUCUUCCAGGAAAAGCCAAAAUCCUGAAUUCCAACAGUGGUAAACUAUUAAAUGAAGCCACGAUAACAGAGAACAAGCUACGGCAAGAAGUCAGUCCUGCUCUCAACAACCUAAAGGAAACCCUGCAAGUUGUGACUGGUCAGAAAGGGCAGAUAGAGACCAACCUCUCUACUCUUCGUGACGAUCUUCACGGGAUACAGAGAGAUGACAUCAGUGGUAUGAUCAACAGUGCCAAGAACAUGGUCCGAAAUGCCAACGACAUCACAAAUGAUGUUCUGGAUGGACUCAGCCCCAUUCAGACUGAUGUAGAAAGAAUUAAGGAUACUUAUGGGAGCAUACAGAGUGAAUACUUCAACAAGGUGCUGACUGAUGCAGAUAACUCAGUAACACAAUUAACCAACAAACUGCCCAACCUUUUGAGCAAGAUUGAAAGUAUCAACCAACAGCUGUUGCCACUGGGAAACAUCUCUGACAAUGUGGACCGCAUCCGAGAGCUAAUUCAGCAGGCCAGAGAUGCUGCAAAUAAGGUUGCUGUUCCUAUGAGGUUCAACGGUAAAUCUGGAGUUGAAGUCCGACUGCCAAAUGACCUGGAAGAUUUGAAAGGAUACACGUCUCUUUCUUUGUUUCUUCAAAGACCUGAUUCACACGAAAAUGGCGGAACUGAGAAUAUGUUUGUGAUGUACCUCGGGAAUAAAGAUGCCUCCAGGGACUACAUUGGCAUGGCGGUCAUCGACGGCCAGCUCACAUGCGUCUACAACCUGGGAGGGCAAGAGGCUGAGCUCCAAGUGGACCAGAUCAUGACCGAGAGUGAAACUCGAGAGGCAGUUAUGGACCGGGUGAAAUUUCAGAGAAUUUACCAGUUUGCAAGACUUAAUUAUACCAAAGGAGCCACAUCCAAUAAACCAGAAACACCCCAGUUCCAUGACAUGAAUAGUGGAAACAGCCAUACGCUUCUCAACUUGGAUCCUGAAAAUGUUGUAUUUUAUGUUGGAGGUUACCCACCUGAUUUUAGACUUCCCAGAAGACUAAAAUUGCCUUCUUACAAAGGUUGUGUUGAGUUAGAGGACCUCAAUGAAAAUGUUCUGAGCUUGUACAACUUCAAACAAACUUUCAAUCUUAACACAACUGAAGUGGAGCCUUGUAAAAGGAGAAAGGAAGAGUCAGACAAAAAUUAUUUUGAAGGUACAGGUUAUGCUCGAGUUUCAACUCAACGGCAUACUGCCAUUCCAAGGUUUGCACAGACAAUUCAGACGACUGUGGAUAGAGGUUUGCUGUUCUUUGCAGAAAACAAGGACCAUUUUGUAUCUCUAAAUAUAGAAGAUGGCAAACUUGUGCUGCAAUACAAACUGGAUUCAGAGCCACCAAAGGAAGUAAGACGUGUAGACCCUAUAAACGAUGGGAAAGAUUAUACGAUUCAGAUCAACUUUCUAAAAGCCCAGAAACUUCUGUCCGUAAAAGUGAAUUCUGUAAACACUCAAAUUAAAGGUGAAAUAUUUGAUUUCAACACAUACUAUCUGGGUGGAAUUCCAAUUUCACUCAGGGAAAGGUUUAACAUUUCUACACCUGCCUUCCGAGGCUGCAUGAAAAACCUGAAGAAAGAUACCGGUGUUGUUAGAUUGAAUGAUACUGUGGGAGUAACAAAACAGUGCUCAGAAGACUGGAAGCUCGUGCGAGUGGCCUCUUUCUCCAGAGGAGGACAGUUGAGUUUCCGGAAUUUGGACUUGCCCGACAACUUCCAGGCCUCGUUUGGGUUUCAGACCUCUCAACCCAGUGGCAUAUUAUUAAACCAUCAAACGCAGACGAGUAGCCUGCAGGUCACUCUGGAAGAGGGUCACAUUGAAUUGAGCACCAGGGAUAGCAGCAGACCCAUUUUUAAAUCCCCUCAGACGUACAUGGAUGGUUUGCUGCAUUAUGUAUCUGUGAUAAAUGACAACUCCGGACUCCAGCUUCUGAUUGAUGACAAGCCUCUGAAAAAUAACCAAAAGCUACAAGGAUUUUCAAAUUCCCAGCUGUCCAUACGUCUGGGUGGGAGUAACUUUGAGGGUUGUAUCACCAAUGUUUUUGUCCAGAGAUCAUCACAGAGCCCUGCAGUUCUAGAUUUGGUCGGUACAUCUUCCAAGAGAGAUGUGUCCCUGGGAAGCUGCGGUUUAAACAAACCACCUUUUCUAAUGUUGCUUAAAGGCUCGACAAGGUUUAACAAAGCCAAGACUUCCAGUAUCAACCUGCCAUUGCGGGACACACCAGUGGCCUCCCUGAGGAGCACAGAGGUAUGGAGAGAUACACUGUCUUGCCCGCUACCUCCCCAGGCCCGGGCCAGUCACGGAGCCCUUCAGUUUGGGGACAGUCCCACCAGCCACUUGCUAUUCAUGCUUCCUCAGGAGUUGCUGAAACCCAGGUCACAGUUUGCUUUGGAUGUGCAGACGACAUCAUCCAGAGGGCUCGUGUUUUACACGGGGACAAAGAACUCCUUUAUGGCUCUUUAUCUUUCAAAAGGACACCUGGUCUUUGCGUUAAGAACAGAAGGGAAAAAACUGAAACUCAAAAGCAAAGAGAAAUGCAACGACGGGAAAUGGCACACGGUGGUGUUUGGGCAAGAUGGAAAGAGGGGACGCUUGGUUGUGGAUGGUCUGAGGGCCCAGGAGGGAAGUUUGCCUGGAAAUUCCACCUUCAGCAUCAGAACACCAGUUUACCUGGGAUCGUCUCUAUCAAGGAAACCAAAGAGCCUCCCCCAAAACAGCUUUGUGGGAUGCCUGAAGAGCUUUCAGUUGGAUUUAAAACCCUUGGAUACCCCCUCCACAAGCUUUGGGGUGUCUCCCUGCUUAGGGAGCUCUUUGGAGAAGGGCAUUUAUUUCUCCCAAGGAGGAGGCCAUGUCAUCCUAGGUAAUUCUGUGUUGUUGGGUCCAGAGUUUAAGCUUGUUUUCAGCAUUCGCCCAAGAAGUCUCACCGGGAUCCUAAUACACAUUGGAAGUCAACCUGAGAAGCACUUAUGUGUUUAUAUGGAGGCAGGAAAGGUCACAGCCUCUGUGGACAAUGGUGCAGGUGGAAUUUCGACAUCGGUCACACCAAAAUGGUCUCUGUGUGAUGGACAGUGGCACUUGGUGACAGUCACCAUAAAACAACACAUCCUGCACCUGGAACUAGACACAGACAGUAGCUACACUGCCGGACGGCUCACCUUCCCGCCUGCCAGCACUCAAGAGCCACUACACAUCGGGGACGUCCCAGCCAAUUUGAAGACGCUGAAGCUACCUGUGUGGAAGUCGUUUUUUGGCUGUCUGAAGAAUAUUCACGUCAACCACAUCCCCAUUCAUGUCACUGAGGCUGCAGAAGUCCGGGGGACUGUCAGUCUCAAUGGCUGUCCAGACCACUAACUCGAGCCUACUACACAGCAAGGAAACAAACAAAAAUGAAACCCGUUGCUGUCGAGUGGAUUUCGACUCAUAGUGACCCUAUAGGUCAGAGUAGAACUGCCCAUAGGGUUUCCAAAGAGCAGCUGGUGGAUUCAAUCUGCCAACCUCUUUCUUGGUUAGCAGCUGAGCUCUUUAACCACUGUGCCACCUGGGCUCCACACAGCAAAGAAAUUUACCUUUGAAAGCACUGAUUACCCUAGGCACCUCCCUCACCCCACGCAAUAUCAUUCUUGACUUAAGACACCAUCUGGACGGGUUUGAUAGAAAAUCUAAUUUUGGAUUCUGACCAUAUAUUCCCAUGAUUUCUGGCAUUUUGGCACUCAAUGAUACAUAUAUAUUUUAUAUGAAAAUCUCAUUUAUUGAAGAUGAACAAAUUAUUAUAUUCUUUUGGUAAUAUUAUUUUCCAUGAAAAAUAAAUGUCUUUUGAAGAACAUUAUUUUCCACUUGCUAAAAAAUUAAGUAUCUUUUAAAGCACUUUGAAAGCACAAAACCUUUACAUAUGUUACGUAA